AUGGGUAGAGGUACACCACCACGUGGACCACCAAAGCAAUCACUCCCUGUGCGUACGUCAAAAGUUACGCAAAAACAUGUUUUAUUGCCAGAUGAAAUCCAAACACGUCCAUUACCCUAUGAGGAAGCUAGAAGACCGCCUACUAAUAUAGAACAGCAACAACAGCAAGAGGAAGUUGAAGCGAGGUUUAGGUUAGCUGAGCGUAUGAGUAAAGAGGAGAGAGAAAACGAGGGUCACCACAGAUUAACCGCUUAUGCUGUUGGUGAGAGGUACAAGAUGAAAUCUUUAGCUGCAUUUAGUAAACGUGAACAUGGUGCUUGGGCGAGACAAUACGAUGAAGCUAUAUACACUGUCUACCACCUACCACUUCUCCCUGGAUAUAGUGCAACAACGACUUUGAGAUCAUCGGCUCCAAUUAUGAGCCCAGGUGGUGGUUCUAUAAUUGAUCAAUACGAGGAAGCAGAUGAAUUGCCGCAGCAUGCAGAAAUUGAACAUCAUAAUGAACAACAUUACGACGAUUUGAGUCAUAGUCCACCUCGUAUCGAUCACCAAGGGUUCAUCAACGAAACUGUUGGCGAUGGUAGAUCUGGAAAUGGCGUAAGCAAUAUUGGAGAUGUCUCGCCAUCACCUGAUGAUGUCGCUGUGCAUGCCGAUAUGAAAUCUGCUUCGCAUAAAACCCAAAGGCAAAAGCGAAAUUGGAGAAGACGACUAGAGAGCAUAAAUGACACCGUCGCAGAAAUAAUUCACUUUGAUUAUGGUGUUUCUGUGUUUUAUAACAUGACUGAAGCACAAGAAAAUGACAUCCUUCAUGAUAUGGUCAAUGCCGGAGUUGUAGUUCGACCGCUGCAGCCGGAAAACCGGGAGAUCGAGCAGUGUCAUUAUGGCCAAGACAGUAACAUACCCUCUUCGCGUAUAUUCAACGACUUCUUCACAUUUAAAACCAAUUCUCAUUAUCUCAAGUUGUCGCUAGCACAUGCAUUGGCGCAGUCGACGAAGCUGUCUGCGUUUGAGGAGCUCACUUUGGGUGUACUCGAUAGCGCGUCAACGAUACCAAAAGAAUUGGCCGCGACUGGCACACUAGCCUUGGAUAGAAGACAAGCCAUUCAGCUCACUGGCAAGCUUUUCAAACUCCGUGUGGAUGUCAAUCUUGUUAGCAAUGUGUUGGACGUUCCUGAACUCUUCUGGUCAGAGGCGGGUUUAAAAGCACUCUAUGAUGCCGGAAGGGAGUACUUUGAGAUUGGCGCUCGCGUACAAACUUUGAAUGAAAGAUUAGCAGUCGCAAGUGAUUUAUUGGAUAUCAUCCAUGAACAUGUCAAUGAGCAGGGUAUGAGUAGAAUAACUAUAAUUAUUAUCUGGUUGAUUGUUAUCGCAUGCUUGGUUGCGGUAGGAGAGGUAUGGAUUGACAAACGACAUGCGGACAAACUGACAGAACAUAUAGGUUGGCGCAAGAUUAACGCUGCAUGCGUUGCGGCCUGGCAGUGUGACGAUGAUGCAGCGUUUAAUAGAUUAAGCUGGAGUGGGGGUCACCCAACUUCGCAUCAUAGAAGGACCAAGACAAGGACCAAGCAACAACUGUACAGAUAA